ACUCAAUCCACCCCUACAGCAUGCCCAGCACAGUGCGACCCCGCUCCCCCGGUCCAGAGGUUGGCAGGGAGUCCAAAAAGGCCAAGGCCGAUGUCUCGCCCGCUAUCACGCUCCCGGAGGGCGCCACGCGCCAUUCUCUCCACGAGACGUACGAGCAGUCGACCCCAUACAAGCAUAUUGUUGUGCCGGGUCUCUUGACGGAUGAGCUUCUUGAGUCAGUUGUCGAAGAGACCAAGACGUACGGCGUGCGCGGAGAGGAGGGCAGCCUCCCGGGAUGGGGGUGGGAGCAGAAGGAGACGGAUAUCUACAAGAUUCAGCAGACGCCUGAUCUCGCCUCGCUCGACGAGCAGCACUUGCCCGAGGAGACGCUCGCGGCACUUCCUUGCAUCACGCGGUUGAAGGAGGCGCUGUACUCGCAAGAGUUCCGCAAGUUUGUGCGCGACGUUACCGGCUGCGGCCCAUUGUCGGGCAAGAAGACGGACUGCUCUGUGGGCCUGUACACGCAGGGCUCGCACCUGCUGUUGCACGACGACUCGAUCUCGACGCGCGUCAUCUCAUACAUCCUGUAUCUGCCAAACUCGCCGCUCGACGCACCUGCGUCCGACUACACCAAGCCGGCCGACAACGGCAAGUUCCUCAAGGGCUGGGACCCGAAGUGGGGCGGCUCGCUCGAGCUGUUUCCCGUCGAGAACGGCGACGAGCGCGGCCUGCCUGGCACUAAAGCGGUGGCUUCCCUGCCCGUCAAGUGGGGCCAGAUCAUCUUCUUCCAGGUCCAGCCGGGGCGCAGCUACCAUUCGGUCGAGGAGGUGAUUGUCGGCGACGGGCGGCGCCGCUUGGGCGUGUCCGGGUGGUUCCACCGCCCCAUAGAGGGCGAGGAGGGCUUUGGCGCGUACGAGGAUGAGAAGGCCCAGCGUGCGGCGCUGAGCUCGCUCGCGCAGAUUACCGCCGCACCCACCAUCCCCAUGGUCCCCUACACUGCGGACCCGCCCGCAGGUCUUACUCCCUCUCACAUCGCGUUCCUGAAGGACUUCCUCGCGCCGUCGUACCUCACCCCGCAGACGCUGGAGAAGCUGUCAGGCCAGUUCGUCGAGGCGUCCGAGAUUGUGCUGCACAACUUCCUCCGCCCCGACCUAGCCGACAAGAUCAAGGCUGAGACAAAGGCGGCCGACGCCGCCGCGUACGGCGACUCCAAGCUCAUUCCGGGACAGGACGUGGGCGAGGGCGACGGGUGGGCGCUGCAGGGCCCAGCGUCGAAACACCGCUUCGCGAGCCUCGUCUCCGAGUCGGCCGCGACGCCCGCGCUGCGCUCGGUGCUCGCGCAGCUCCUGCCCUCCGAGGCGUGGCGUGCGUGGCUUGGCGUCGUUUCAUCUCUGGCGCCGAUGGCGUACCGCGCCGAAGCGCGCCGCUUCCGCCGCGGGCUCGACUACACGCUCGCGAACGGCGAAGAGCGCGCCGGCGAGGCGCGCCUCGACGCGUUCCUCGGUCUGUCGUGGUGGGCCGACGUACCGGCUGGGAGCGACGCGGAAGACGCGCUAAUCGAGCACGGCGGGUGGGAGUGCUACCUCGCCGCACCGGAUGAGUCGGAGGACCCCGAGACGUACCAGAGCGCUCUGGCGAAGCGUGCUGCCGCAGCCAACCGCACCGAGGCGGAGCAGGAGGCCGCCGAGGCCGAGGAGAAGGAGGCUGUGGCGGGGGCGGGCGCCGAGAACGGCGACGAGGCCAAUGGCGGAGAGAGCAAGAAGGGUGACGACGGGCCAAAGAUUACCAUGGGCGGCGUCGAGCUCGAGUUCGACCCCGACCAGUUCUCGGACGGCGACUUCGACUCGGACUCGGAGGGCGAGGACGGCGGCCCGCUGCUGACGCAGCCUGUGUCCUUCAACCGCCUGCUGCUUGUGCUCCGCGACCCCGGCGUCAUGCGCUUCGUCAAGUACCUCAGUGCUGCGGCGCCGGGGUCGCGCUGGGACGUCGGCGGCGAGUGGGAGGUCGGCAUGCUCGAGGAGGAGGGCGAGGAGGAGCCGACAGCGGCCGAGUAGGCGCAGGCCGCCACAUAAUAGAUCUUCUCCCUAUGCACAUAUUCGUUGAC